AAAGAAUCGACUGUAGUCGUAACGGUUACAGCGGGUGUUUACAUAAACAGAAUUUAUAUACCUUAACACAGAAACUUAGUUUAAUUAAAUCCAGUAACUUUUUGCGAUAUUUAGCGUAUACAAUGAAUACUCCAAUUGUCGAUUUUGCUUCAUGCAAUAAUGUACUAGAAAAUCCAACCAAUGCAGAUAGCUCUCUGCUGAUAGAUAUUGGAGAAAAGUUGUAUAAGUCACUAUCGGAAGUUGGGUGUUGCUGCUUGAUAAACACUGGAAUUUCAAGCACUGAUGUUGAUGCAAUUAAUGGAGUAGCUGAAACAUUCUUCACUCAGCCGAUAGAAGAAAAAAUGAAAUGCAAUUCAGAUGGAAUGGAAAUUCGUUAUAAUGUAAUGAAAAACAAAAGAGAGUCUCACGUCGAAGCGAUAUCAAGCGAGGCUGAAUAUUUGCGUUUCACCUGCUCAAGCUCAAAUAAAUGGCCUUCAAUAGAAGGAUUUGUGGAAAGCAUGAGUGAAUUUCAGAACAAGUGCAAACAUGUUGGUUUCCUGAUUCUCAGAUCUUUAGCGAUUGGAAUGAAACUAGAGAUUCAAAACUCGGAGGGAGAAUACGUCGAUAUCGAGUUUGAUAAGAAUGGAGUGUUGGUACUCUGUGGUGAAGAGAUGGAGAUUUAUACUGGACAAAAGUUAAAAGCUGUGAAACACAGAGUAGUCACAAAGAGAUCAUUCCAAGGUGAACACACUCGGAGAUCAAUAGGUUACUUUAUGGCAUCGGACAAUCAUUGUAGACUGGGGGAACUGCGAACGAAAAAUUGUGAACAAACGAAAAAAGAAGAUAAAAAUACACUGACGUCUGGCCAGUAUUAUGAAAAGAGAUUCAAUGGGAUUUUUAAUAAACAUAAGACUGAUUAGACUCAUUAGAGCAUUGUCAAGACUGGUCAAACCAAUUUCAUCUAGUGUCACAUAGAUGUAAACAGAAUAGAGUUGCAAUAAAGGGAAAAAACCUGUAUAUGAACUGAAUUCAAACGCCAUAUUCAUCCUAUCAGCCAUUCCUAUUUGUCACAACAUGAUAACUAACGAAACCCACGCUCUAACAGUCAACAAUCUGAGAAUAUAGAAUCAAGAGAACGGCGCACAAUAAUGUCGACAGGGCAAGUGGUUUAUCGCGCGUGGCAUGAGCUGUUCAAUUCAACUAGUGGAAAGUGGGGCGAUCGGUGGGGUAGUUAAUGAAAAACGAACGCGACUUGUUGACUAGAAACAAUCGUUGGGGCGGGUGUUAGAGGGAAGCCGAUAAGACGGCUUGAGCAUAUGGCGACAAAUAUAUUUCUGUAACGUUUCGUUUGACCAAGAUCAGACUUCUUCAGACAAGCAUUUCACAACUAUGACAAGAAACGCAAUUGCAUGCACAUAAUUAAUGGUAUCAAAAUUUGGGUUAGAGAGAAAUAACUAAGAUUGGGACAGUUACAGAAAUA